AUGAAGACUUCUCUAUCCAUCCUUCUUUGUGGAGCCAUUGUGGCUGUCUCUGCCUCAGCUCUCCCUAAGGACAACCCUCUUGAGGGAUAUAAGAUUGUUCCUCUGAAAUGGACAGGUGUUCUUGAAGAUGGAGCCGAGCCUGUUACAUUGACGGGCAGUAUCGACGAAAUCUCUGCUCAGAUCCAGAAGCUGAACCCGAAUUACAUGCCCCCGGAAACUAACAGUACUACUGCUGAAUUCGAGAAGCGCAGCCAGGGCCAUAUUAUCUGCAAGGUCGGCGGAUGGGGAGCCGUGGACACACGAGCUGCCCAGCGAGACAAGGACUGGCUCCGUAGCGUUGGGGGUCAGUGCCAUGUAGGUCCAGGACCUCGCACAUGUACUCGUGUCUCCGGCAACUGUCAAACCGCAGACGCAAUCAUGCUUUGCAACGACAACAACCACGCCAUUGCGCCUAGCUGUGGUUAUCUGGGUGACUACGUUGAUCACAUCACCAGCGCCUGUGCAUGGGAAGUCAACAGUCCCCCCUGCUGGGUCAAGCCUUGCGGCCCUAAAUGGACACAGUACUUGGUCCGGGGCCAGCAGUUUGAUUCCGAUGGCUAUAAUGUCAUUGUCGCCAAGGUUUCUUGCUAG